CAGGAGUUCUCUGAUGAUGUCACGGAUGAUGUCAAAACGGAAAAAAAAGACAUUUGUGAUAUACUGGAUGACGGCCGAAAGAUAGAUACAUAUGCAUAUCCAGUUGUACUUGUCUACAGUUAUUAUUAGGGAUUGAUUUCAGCUUAGGGUGUCUUGAAUUGAAAUAUGCAAGAAACAUUUAUAUUAUUGCUUGGUGCAGUCAUCGGAGUCCUGGUGUCAACACUGCUAUUCAGUGUAUCGAACAAUGACUGUGGUACCGGGAGUGGCGAGGUCACAGCAGCAGUCGGCCCAGCUGACGCAAGAAAUCGAUACUCUGACCGAGAUCCCACAAUAUUUAGUCGAAUUAUUGACAAAACGUUACCUGCAACCAUUAUACAUGAAGACGCUCUGUGUGUGGCUUUUCUUAAUAAAAUUCCCAGGGCACCAGUUCACUUCCUCGUUGUUCCAAGAGAACCGAUUCCGAUGUUAGAAAUGACGGACGAUGACGAUACUGAGUUGUUGGGUCAUAUGUUGAAUGUUGCCAGAAAAACUGCCGUGAAGGAGGGUCUAGACAAUGGAUAUAGAAUUGUCAUCAAUGAUGGUCCAGACAGUACCCAGUCGAUAUAUCAUUUGCAUAUCCAUGUGAUAGGAGGACGACAGAUGGGAUGGCCACCUGGUUAG